GCCCAGCAGCCAUCACACACGCUGGCCUGUGGUGGCACUUGUAUGUGUGUUUCUAAGUCAAUGAUGAGGGUAUCAGAACCGAUACUGGACAUGGAGAUGGCAAAUUACAGUGAAGUAUUGGACCCAACUUACACAACUUUGGAGUUUGAAACUAUGCAGAUUCUGUAUAAUUCAAAUGAUAGCUCUGCUCCAGAGACAACAAGUAUGAAUACCACAGACAAUGGUGUCAACUGCCUUUGUGCCAUAUGUGGGGACCGAGCAACGGGAAAGCAUUAUGGAGCAUCAAGCUGUGAUGGGUGUAAGGGCUUCUUCAGACGCAGCAUACGCAAGAGUCAUGUUUAUUCCUGCAGGUUCAGUCGGCAAUGUGUUGUUGACAAGGACAAAAGGAAUCAAUGCAGAUAUUGUCGAUUAAGAAAGUGUUUCAGAGCAGGAAUGAAGAAAGAAGCUGUGCAAAACGAACGGGAUAGAAUAAGCACCAGAAGAAGCGCAUUUGAUGGCAGCAACAUCCCCUCCAUUAACACACUGGCUCAAGCAGAAAUUCGGUCUCGCCAGAUCUCAGUCUCCAGCCCCGGCUCAAGCACUGACAUAAACGUUAAGAAGAUUGCAAGUAUCGGUGAUGUCUGUGAGUCCAUGAAACAACAGCUCCUCGUCUUGGUGGAAUGGGCUAAAUAUAUUCCUGCCUUCUGUGAGUUGCCACUGGAUGACCAGGUGGCACUGUUGAGAGCUCACGCAGGAGAACAUUUACUGCUUGGAGCUACGAAGAGAUCCAUGGUGUACAAAGAUAUUUUGCUUUUGGGACAAAGAGUUAGUGAUCUGUGUGAACAUUUCAUUGGAGUCUCGGUGUUGUUUCACACUCCUUCAGUGUCUACUUAA